AUGAAACAAGAAGCUAAUAAAUCAUUUCUCAAAUCCAAGGGCAUUAAGUCCAUGGUUGAUUUUGUUAAAAAAACUCCUCUGUCUUCUAGUUCAUCAAGUACUUCAAAUAGCACUGGUUGUAGGAUUGAUCCAUCAAAAUUAGAUAAAGAAGCACUAGAACAACAAUUCAUCACUCUUCAGAUGAGGUUAGCAAGUGCCCAAACUCUUAAAAAUCAAAUCCUUACAAGAUUUCACGAAAUUGGUUUAUUAACUCAAUAUAAUAUUGAUUCAUCAAUUUAUGAAUCUAUUCCAACAUUAGAUGAUUUGGUUAAAGUUAUUAAUAAGAAAUUGGUAUCUAAAUUAGAAUAUUUAAUUCAUUUAAACAUUCAAUAUGAGAAGAAAAUAUUGACAAAUCAAUCAACAGCUUUAUUUACUACUUUACAACGUCAUAUAUUAGAUCAGAAUAAGUUAUUAGAGAAAUUUGAUAAACAAACAACAAAAUAUAAUUCACAUUCUUUAAAGAGAUAUACCAGUGCUGUUGAUGAUAUUAAGAAAACUAUUUCGGAAAAUUCAACAAAACUUACUACAAUUGAUUCUAUAUCUACUACAGAAGCUGUUAAAUUUUGUCUUGAUUCUGGUUUAGAUGCAUCUUCUUCAUCUCUGAAGAAGAAUUCGAUGAAAUACAAACUUACUCCUGUUGAACAAUUCCAAUUGAUUAUGUUAGAAGAAAUGUUUAAGAGUACUAUGUUACAAAACUUGAGAGCUAAGAAUCAAAAUCAAACGACAAGUCUUGAACCAAUUGCUAAUAGUGCCAAUAAAUUUCCUUCAGAAGAAAAUUUAGAAGCAUUAUCAUCAUUAGAACAAAUUGAAAAAAUAUCAAAGGAUCAACUUAUGAAAUAUUUUAAUUUUUAUAAUUUAAAUAAUAAGAGUCUUUCCUUUCAAGAAAUGAAAGAAUACUUAAUUCAAUUCUUAGGAGUUGGAGUAUUAGAUUGA